ACUUUUUUUGUCCAUUUCAUAUAUCUGCAUGCAAUUCUCAUGUUUCCACUUCACAUUUACUGCUCCAAUGUACAGAAACCUUAAAAAUCUGUGAUGGGUCUCCAGAUUUUUGACUGAUUCACCGAUCUUUGUAGUUGCAGUCACGCAAAGAUGAACAAACUUAGGCGGACACUACAAUGCUGCAUAUGCAAAGUUCCCAUUUUAGUAAAAUUUUUUAGUUAUAACCACUGUUCUUGAUUGGGAUUUUAUCUGUUAUUAGCUGGCUUUUAAGAAUAUCAGUUUUGGUGGAUUUAGGUUGGGUUUGUACUAGAAAAGAUUCUGUCUUUGUAGUUAUCAGUUUGUCAUAACUUGCAAGGAAGUUCUUUGAGGGUUCAUAGGAGAUGCAGAAAGCUAAGAUCUUUUUGUUUUCUUAGUCUAGAUAUAUUGCAUUUGAGAUUGAGAUUAGCCCAUCAAUUUGGGAAUUUGGGAAUUUGUGUUGAAGCCUGUUAGAUCCAUAUAAGGAUUGGGUUUCUUGAGGAGAGGGAUAGAGCCAUAGAGGCAAGUUGUUUAAAGGGUCUGUUGUUAUUAAGGAAAUCUUUAUCUGAUCUGUCAAGAACAUUCUUAAUAGGUUUAAGGAUUUUCUAGACUGGUUUUGGACCUUUUGGUUGAGUUUUGGCACAAAGAUGGUUGUGGGUGAAGGGGGUAUGAGUGGGAAAGUGUAUGUGAAUGGGGGCAUACAGAACCCUAAUGGUUUGGAGGAGAAGCUUGAUGAAUUAAGGCGAAAUCUUGGCAAGGCCGAGGGGGACUUGUUGAGGAUAGUUGGGAUUGGGGCGGGGGCUUGGGGGGCAGUUUUCGUGGCUUUGCUUCAGGAUAGUUAUGGUCAAUUUAGGGACAAGGUUCAAAUCAGGAUAUGGAGAAGGGCUGGGAGAGGUGUGGAUAGGGGCACAGCGGAAUGUUUGUUCGAGGUGAUCAACUCGAGGGAGGAUGUGCUAAGGAGGUUGAUCAGACGCUGUGCAUAUCUGAAAUACGUCGAGGCAAGGCUGGGGGACCGCACGCUCUAUGCUGACGAGAUUUUGAAAGACGGGUUCUGCUUAAACAUGAUUGACACCCCGCUUUGUCCUUUGAAGGUCGUCACUAACUUGCAGGAGGCCGUCUGGGAUGCUGAUAUCGUGGUUAACGGGCUGCCUUCGACAGAAACUCACGAGGUGUUUGAAGAGAUCGGUAAGUAUUGGAAAGAGAGAUUGACAUCCCCAAUCAUUAUCUCUUUGGCAAAGGGCAUCAAAGCUGAACUAGACCCGUUUCCACAUAUAAUUACACCCACACAAAUGAUUAACCGAGCAACUGGAGUACCAAUUGAGAAUAUUCUGUAUCUCGGGGGCCCAAAUAUCGCCUCGGAGAUUUACAACAAGGAAUACGCUAAUGCUCGGAUCUGUGGUUCUGAAAAAUGGAGAAAACCACUUGCAAAGUUCUUAAGGCAACCUCAUUUUAUUGUAUGGGAUAACAGCGACCUCGUUACACAUGAAGUUAUGGGAGGUCUGAAAAAUGUCUAUGCAAUUGGCGCUGGAAUGGUAGCUGCACUGACUAACGAAAGUGCUACUAGCAAAUCUGUAUAUUUUGCUCACUGCACAUCGGAAAUGAUAUUUAUCACGCAUUUGUUAACUGAAGAGCCUGAAAGGCUUGCAGGGCCUCUGCUCGCUGACACUUACGUGACCCUGCUGAAAGGUCGCAAUGCAUGGUAUGGCCAAAUGAUUGCGAAGGGAGAACUGAGCCUGGAUUUGGGAGACAGCAUAAGCGGCAAAGGGACGAUUCAGGGAGUUUCAGCUGUAGGAGCAUUUUAUGAACUGCUAAGUCAAUCCAGUUUAAGCGUGUUACACCCGGGAGAGAACAAGCCAGUUGCUCCAGUCGAGCUUUGCCCCAUCCUGAAGACGCUAUACAAAAUACUUAUAACGAGGCAACAAAAGGUACAAGCUAUUCUCCAAGCAUUAAGGGACGAGAACCUGAACGAUCCACGAGACAGAAUAGAGAUUGCACAAAGCCACGCGUUCUACAAGCCUUCACUUCUCGGACAGCCUUGAGGUGCUUGCAUUGCCAACGAAAAUCGGUAAAACCAAGAAAAUAUAUGCGUAGAUUGCACCCUGUCAAGAGCGAUGGAGUACUAGAUUCAUUAAAAUCGAAGCUCAGCUCAUAUAUAUCAUUAUAUGUACAUACAGUCCAUUGUUGUUUGCUGGCAGAACUGACCUGCUAAUUUCUCAUCAUUAUAUGUAACCUGGGAUGAAUUGUUCUGUUUGGUUCAAGAUGUCUGUACAACCAUUUGAGAUGUUUGUUAAACAAGAUUCUCAUAAAAGCAGAAAGCUUUAUUAUUGAAUAUAUGAGCUUUGCCAA